AUGGCGCCGACCAAAACGUCGUGGGACGAUGAAGAGGAGUCCUCCUCUGGUGAGAGUUCGCCAGCACCAGUCGCAGCGGUGCGCCGCGGCAAGUUCGAUGACGAAGAAGAUGAGGACGUAUUGGAGUCGUGGGACGCUGCGGAAGACAGCGACGAAGAGCGCGAGAAGGCAAAGAAAGCAGCCGAGGCCAAAGCAAAGGCAGAGGCGGCUGCAAAAGCGAAUCACAAGAGCAAGUCACAACGGGUAGAGGAGAUAAGGAAUCAGCGUCUGAGACAGCGCGCUGAAGAAGAAGACGAAGAGAGCGAAGAAGAAGACGAGGCGGAGAAAAGGGCCCGAGUGAGAGCAUCGGAGAAAGCCAGCGACAUGCAGCACGCUGAGGAACUAUUCGGUGGAGUGGGCGGUGUUCCCGACAGCCGUGGCGCUUCAAAAGCUGUCACUGUCCAGCAAGGCGACGAUCCGUCAGACACAGUCGAUCUCGCAAGCCUCAAGAUCUUCAACCCGCAAACUGCCGCACAAUUUGCUAAGCUGCGCGAGACACUGGUUCCUCUGCUCAACCAGAACGGCAAGAAGGCAUCAUAUGAAGGCUUCAUGAAGGAAUUUACAAAGCAGAUUGUGCGCGAUCUGAAUAGCGAGCAGGUCAAGAAGAUUGCGAGUGGCCUGACCGCCAUCAGCAACGAGAAGAUGAAGGAGGAGAAGGCUGCCGAGAAGGGAGGCAAGAAGACAAAGGCGGCCAAGACGAAGACCACCCUCAACGCGAGCCGUAACGUUGCUCGUGAGGCAGAUACGGCUGCAUACGAUGACGGUCUGGAAGAGUACGUUUGACAACUCAGACACUGUUAAAGUCUGACUGACGAGAUUCACAGUGACGACUUCAUGUGA